UUGUACUAUUGAAGAAGCAAUAUCUUCGGUAUCUCUACUGCUCUUGAGAGUACAAUCAAUCAUCAUCAACUGCUGUAACGUAUUAGUUUUUAUCUCAUCGUCCUUCAUCCUGUCUUUUUUUAGCCAACACUGCAUAUGUGCAAGUUUCUAGCAUCAAACAAAAAACAAGCAAUGAGCCUGUAAUAGUUGUUGAGACUGUUUGUCUUGUCUUCCUGUCUUUGUUUAAUGGGCUCAUUGGUGCUGUUUGUUUAUUCAGACUGACAGUGGGAGCCACUCGUCUCUGCGAUGGUGAGCAGCCAGAAGGAGUCGAGCCAGAGACCGGAUCCCACUGUGCAGAUCUCUGAGAUGCUCAUGAAUCACCUGACAGGUGAUUUUCAGCAUCCAGAGAGACCAGUGCGUUAGGACGCCUACCUCCCACUGUAACUUGGCUGCCUAUCCACAUGCAUGACACCAUGGGCAGCUCCCCAGAGGUGCUUUCCUGGACCUCCUGCCCCAGUCUUUUGGUGGGGAAGCUGAAAGAAGAGCUUAAGCUCUCUGUGGUUGGGGACGCCAUGAAGAAAUCCAACUCUCCCAAUGCCCAAUCCCAGCCUCCUCUGGCCCCACCUGCUGCUUUACCUCCUCAGAUUAUAACAGACCUUGCCCCGCCGACCAACCUGCCCGUUCCCCUGCACACGCCCGGCCAGGAUGAGGACUCCAUGUUGGGGGGCAUCAGCCCAGGAAACACGGCCCUCAGUGUGGACUCCACUCGGAGCGAAGGCGGACACUUUGACAACAGUGUACUCCAGCUGCAGGAGCAGGAGCAGGAAGAAGCAGGCUCACCGGCGUCCUGUGAGCACGGUGGGUGUGGGAGUGGCAUGGACGAGCAGGUGGGAGAGGGAGACUGUCCUGUGGACCACAGCGGCGAGGGAAGACCCAGCCACCCACGGCACCCUGACGAUAUCAAGCUGCACUUCCAAAGAGCCGGGCCCGGGUCGGGGGGCUUCCUGGAGGGGCUGUUUGGCUGCCUCCGGCCCGUCUGGAACAUCAUUGGGAAAACUUACUCCACAGAAUACAAGCUGCAGCAGCAAGACAUGUGGGAGGUCCCGUUUGAAGAGAUAUCCGAGCUGCAGUGGCUGGGCAGCGGUGCACAGGGCGCUGUCUUCCUGGGCAAGUUUCGCUCUGAGGAGGUGGCCAUCAAGAAGGUGCGCGAGCAGAAAGAGACGGACAUUAAGCACCUGCGGAAGCUCAAGCACCCCAACAUCAUCAGCUUCAAAGGGGUGUGUACUCAGGCGCCCUGCUACUGCAUCAUUAUGGAGUACUGCGCCCAGGGCCAGCUGUAUGAGGUGCUGAGGGCUGGGAGGAAGGUCACCCCAAGGCUGCUGGUAGACUGGGCCACAGGGAUCGCGGGCGGCAUGAACUACCUACACCUUCACAAGAUCAUCCACAGGGACCUCAAGUCUCCCAAUGUUUUGGUCACACACAACGACACUGUGAAAAUUUCUGACUUCGGAACAUCCAAAGAGCUCAGCGAUAAAAGUACGAAGAUGUCAUUUGCGGGUACGGUGGCCUGGAUGGCCCCAGAAGUCAUAAGAAAUGAGCCUGUGUCUGAAAAAGUCGACAUCUGGUCUUUUGGAGUUGUGUUAUGGGAAUUGCUCACAGGAGAAAUUCCCUACAAAGAUGUGGACUCGUCCGCCAUCAUUUGUGUUGGCAGCAACAGCUUACACCUUCCUGUCCCCUCCACCUGCCCAGACGGUUUUAAAAUCCUCAUGAAACAAACAUGGCAAGGCAAGCCCAGGAAUAGGCCUUCAUUUCGUCAGAUCCUCCUCCAUCUCGACAUUGCCUCUGCUGAUGUUUUAGGAACUCCUCAGGAGACCUACUUCAAGUCUCAGGCAGAGUGGAGGGAGGAGGUGAAGAAGCACUUUGAGAAGAUCAAAAGUGAAGGCACUUGCAUUCACAGGCUGGACGAGGAGCUGAUCCGUCGCAGGAGGGAUGAACUCAGGCAUGCUCUGGACAUCCGGGAGCACUAUGAGAGAAAGCUUGAGAGAGCUAACAACCUCUACAUGGAGCUCAGUGCCAUCAUGCUGCAGCUGGAGGUCCGAGAGAAGGAGCUCAUGAAGAGGGAGCAAGCAGUGGAGAAGAAAUAUCCAGGUAGCUACAAACGCCACCUGGUCCGGCCCAUCGUUAGAUCCAACGCCGUCGAGAAGCUCAUCAAGAAAAAAGGAAGCAUCUCACACAAACCUGGAAUGCCACCCACCAAAAGGCCGGACCUGCUGCGCUCUGACGGCAUCCCCAGCGCCGAUCCUCUCCCAUCACCUUCGCCUCUGUCGGCCAGCCCCAAAGUCUCGACGCCUCCCGGGAAAACGCGCUACCGCAGCAAGCCUCGCCAUCGCCGCGCCAACAGCAAAGGCAGCCACAGCGAGUUCCCUGGCGCCUUGAAGCCUGUCGCUGGAGCCCCAGAAGACACCCAGUCUCUGCAGGAGCAGCCUUUCCACCACCACCAUCAUCAUCAUCAUCACCACCACCCACCAGCUGAGGGUCAGUUUCUUCCCCUGAAAGGCCGCGAGGAGGCUGUAGUUAACUGUGCCAACAAUCUGCGCUACUUCGGCCCCGCCGCCGCCCUCCGCAGCCCUCAGACCGACCACCUCCAGCGCCGCGUCUCUGACUCCAGUCCUGACCUCAUUUCCACAGCCGUGGAUGCAGACACACGGCAGCGGACUUCAUCCACCAGCUCCAACCCAAUACCAGGGGCCGGCGCUGUGCUGUUAUGUCCCUGCUGCCAGGCUCACCCUGUGCCCGGCUGCUUGCACUGUCAGGAGACUCCGCCCACUCUAAGCCAACCAGAAUUACCGCACUACUCACUGCUUAGCACCCAGGAAAGCAACCAGUCUUCCCUGGCGCCACCCAAUAAAGAAGCAGCUUUAAACGCAGAGGACGGCAACCUCGCUGCCCCGCAGGCGCAGGAUCCAUCCCAGUCCAAACACCUGCUACCCUCUGCACUGCCCCGCACCCUCAGACCCCUCAGAAAGGGUGGUGAUGAGUCAUCUGAAGAGGAGGAGGGAGAGGUGGACAGUGAAGUGGAGUUUCCACGGCGACAAAGACCCCAUCGCUGUAUGAGCAGCUUCCAGUCCUACUCCACCUUCAGCUCGGAGAACCUGUCGGUGUCGGACGGGGAGGAGGGCAACACGAGCGACCACUCGCACAGCGGACCCCUGAGCGCCAGCCAGGAGGAGCACCUGGACGAGCUGCUGUCGCACACGCCCGACAUCCCCAUCGACAUCUCCACCCAGUCCGACGGCCUCUCCGACAAGGAGUGCGCCGUCCGCAGGGUGAAGACGCAGAUCUCGCUGGGAAAGCUGUGCUCGGACGAACACAGCUAUGAGAAUCCGCUGCAGUUUGCAGACUCAGACUGUGAUUCGUCAGAAGCAGAGUGCUCCGAUACCACCAUCAGAAACAACAAAGUCGGUGCUCCGUCAUCGUGGUGAACCUCUCCACAGGGUGUUGAAUCCGUUUGUUUAUUUUUCUUUGCCUGGUGGCCAUCACGUUCAUAUUAGAGGGCUCUGCAGAAAACACAGCAAUAAGAGGACAUCAUAGAGAACAAAACUCUCCCUACAGCAAAG